AUUAUGCCUACAACUCUACUGUGCGUAUUCCGUGUGGUUUGAUGGCUGGUUGAAGGGUGGGCUCAGUUUAGUUCGGCCGGUCUGAUGCAAAAAUUAUUUUUAGGUUUCGUUGAGCCCGGCCGCUUUGGUUCGGUUUGUUAAAGCUUGUCCCUAACAGCGUACAGGUCGCCGGCACCAUCCCGCACCUGAUUCGCCCCUCACAACUGGAAGCCGCCGGAUGCACACCAUCGUCGACGGCGAGCCGGGUGAUGUUGUGUUCAUUUCACCACCUUGGGGUGGUCCUUCAUAUAGCAAAAUUCACACCUUCACACUUGAUAUGCUCAAGCCAAAAGACGGGUAUUUGAUAUUUCAGGCUGCUCAGGAAAUAACUCCCAACAUUAUCAUGUUCCUUCCCCGUAACGUGGACUUAAGUCAAGUGGAAGAGCUUUCUUGGCUAUCUUGUCCACCAUUAACGUUGAAGAUUGAAGAGACCUACAUGGAAACUAGUUUGAAAGGAAUCACGGCAUACUUUGGUGACACUGCAUUAGUACCAUCUAAGUCAUCCUUUUCAAAAACGGACAUUAGUUGAUGGCAUUGUGAAGGGGUAUUGAAUGUAGGCCAUCCCUCCUUACUAAUAAAGACAAAUUGCUGCUUUGCAUGAGCUCUCACGACUAAGAAACUCCAUCCCACUGUAUCAAUGCAGGUGUUUAGGGGCAUGGGCUUGCAUUUCGGUAUGAUUUUGUGGCUUGAAAUGUACCAAAAAUAUGUGUUCCCUCUCAUUUUUGCUCUUCUUCAUGUGUUUUUUAUGAGCUAUUGUAUGAUUAGAAGAAAUACAUGCAUGGGAAGCAAAUCGAAAGGGGGAGGUUGUGCAGGGUUUACAAAGAUAAAGUUUAUUUUAUGUAAUUUAUAUAAUGUAUACAAACACUAGCAUACAUACAUUGCCACCAUUACUUUUGGUAGACAUUUUUCAGAGCUAGCAUUUGCAUCAGUUAACUUGUGCUGUUAAGAGUUGAAGCAUGUUAUUAAAAUUUCCACUAGUUGAG